AUGGCGACUGAAAAUGUUGAGUGAUUGCAGUUGAUGUUUUUAGAAACCCACCUUACGAUGGCUACGAAGCCUGUAGAAUGGGUUUCAUCACUAAUAACACGAUUCGAAGAACAACUACCGUGCCGGAGUGGACCGCAGACGACUCAUUCCCGGAUCAACGUGGAGCAGAACAAGGAAUGUCUCAUCAACAUCAGCAAGUUCAAGUUCUCUAUGGUCAUUUCGGGGCUUACGAAGAUCUUGCACUCUGUCAAUGAAGUCUUCAUGUUCCAAAGAGGCCACGGUCCAAUUCAACCAGAGUUUGAGAAGAACUUCUACGAAUCUCAGCUGAUAGUGCUUGACACGCUUGAAAAGUGUCUAAACAGGACUGAGAGUCCAAUAUGCAAGCAACCAAAAGAAACAACUCGUUAUGAUGAGACAAUGAACGUGAAAGCGCUUCUCAGAGAACUCUGUCAGUUCAUCGACAUGCCAGAUAGUCCUAUGGUAAUUCCGCUGAAAAAUUUGGCUUCCAAAGUGCUAUUUGCCCUGAGCCUCAACAACUUCAAUGCUGUGUUCAACCGAAUUUCUGGGAGACUUCACGAGUUAUCCAAUGCCAGUGAUGAAACCACCGACUUUAGUGAUAUUGAACUAAUUCAACACAUUAAUGUUGAUGUUACGAGGUUAAUCAAGCUGCUAAACGAAAUAAACACAAAGUUUCGUUCGUUACGGAAAAAUGCGCACCUCUGCCUCAUGAAUAGCCUGGAGAAAGCCAUAUGGAACUGGAUGGAUACAUACCCUCAUGAGUUUACGGAUUUGCAGAAGAAACCAAAUGACGAAUUAGCAGAUGCGUGCGACAGAAUGUUUGACCUACUAGAUAGUUUUGCGGAAAACAACAAGAGGCGAGCUCAGGCCUGGCCACUUCAGAUCAUGCUGCUUGUACUCUGUCCUAUCAUACUGGAAGAAAUCGUAAAUGCUGAUGCAGGAGCGCCCUGCUCUCCCAGACAUCUAAAGAAAAGACAGUUUAUAGACAGCGUGAAGAAGGCACUGGUGCCCCACAGCUCAAGCAAGCAGCUCACAGAAGCGGCUGCUGUAACGUGUGUUAAACUCUGCAAGGCUUCCACUUACGUAAACAUCCUCGACAGUGGCAACGUCGUCUUUGCGCUUGUCCAGGCCGUCAUCAAUGAUCUCAAGCUGCUGCUGUUCAACCCUGCAAAGCCGUUUGCCCGUAGUCAAGCCACAGUGUCCCAGGACGUGGAGCUGAUGACGGACUGUUUUGUGUCGUGCUUUCGCAUCAACCCGCACAACAAUGAAGCCCUCAAAGUGUGCCUUGGAGCGGGAGCACAGACUUCGGCACUUUACCACCACGUUCUCCUGGGGUCGCUGCUGCGCGUUGUCACGCAGCCUAGACUGGCCUGGUGGCCACAGGUCGACCUACUAUACAACAAAGCACCCGAGCUACGACAUAUGUUCACCGACACGCUUAAUAAAGUCACGCAAGGGUUCAUCUCUCACGGUCCUGUCAAAAUGAUACCUAGUCUAACGCUCAAAGAGAAAGUGAGCACGCUCAAGUUCAAAGAGAAAGCGGAGGAGCAACUUAGUUACAAGAAUCUACUUCUCCUCAUGGUUCGACUCAUCCAUGCGGAUCCCAUGCUUAUGCUGAAUAACCAAGGCAAGGCUGGCCAUGAAGUCCAGAGCAGCACUUUGGAGCUGAUCAAUGGCCUGGUGUCUCUUGUCCACCAACCAACCAUGCAAGAUGUUGCCCAGGAAGCCAUGGAGUCGCUCUUGGUGCUCCAUUCCCCAGAUAAUAUAGAGCUGUGGAACCCCGAAGCCCCCAUAAACACAUUUUGGGAUGUCAGCUCCCAGGCCCUGUUCUCCAUCUCGCAGAAACUCAUCCAGCAUCAGAUCCUCAACUAUACGGAUGUCCUCAGGUGGCUGAGAGAAGUGCUAAGGAGGCGCAAUGCGUUCUUGCUGCGCCAUCGGGAGUAUGCCAACUUGGGCAGCCAUAUUGCCAUCUGCAAACAGGCACACAUCAAGCUGGAAGUGGUGUUUUUUAUGUACCUGUGGAGCAUAGAUAUUGAUGCGGUGCUGGUGGCAAUGUCGUGCUUCGCCCUCUUAUGCGAGGAGGCGGAUAUUCGUUGCGGACAGGAUGACCUCUCCGUCACCUACCUGCUGCCAAACUACUCUGUCUAUCAGGAACUAGCCACGGCCAGUACCAUUCUCACCACAGGAAGGGCAGCACUUCAAAAGAGAAUUAUGGCAUUGCUGAGGAAGAUAGAACACUGCACCCAAGGUUGUUCUCAGGCCUGGGAAGACACUUUUAUGAACUGGGAUGUGGUCACAAAGCUCUUAGUCAGCUACCCAAAGUCGAAAUUGGAGGAAGGUCAAAUCUGUGAAUCCCUGCAUCGGACUAUUGGCAAGCGACGAGCUUCGCACCAGAGUACAGACCAUGAGUUGGAGGUACCACACUGUUCUCAAAAGAACAUGGGGGUCAACCCGCAAGACCAGUUAAACGAAUGGGCCAACAUGACAGGCUUUCUCUGUGCUCUCGGUGGCGUCUGCCUGCAGAAGAAAUCUCCAUCGCGGCCCAGGUCAUCCUUAUACAUGUACAACGUUCCCUACUCUGCGUUAUCCCUGGAUUCUCGGAAAGGUGGGAUGUUGACUCCGGGGCAGGACAUUCAGUUCUGUCCGGUAACACAGUUCGUGGGUCAACUAUUGCGAUUGCUGGUGUGCCACAACGAAAAGUUUGGUACCCAAAUCCAGAAGCACGUGAAAGACUUGGUUGCCCACGAAAUGAGUCCCACUCUCUACCCCAUUCUCUUUGAUCAGAUCAAGGCAAUUGUAGAAAAAUUUUUUGACCCACAGGGACAAGUGACUGUGAUUGACACAAAUACUCAGUUUGUGGAACACAUCAUCUUUAUCAUGAAGAGUGUACUGGAGAACAAAGUGGAUCACACUACAGAACAUCUUGGAGUUACAAGCAUUGAAGCCAUGAUGCUUGCCAUUGUCAGGUAUGUGCGCCACCUAGAUACAACGGUGCACGCCCUGCACAUCAAGACGAAGCUGUGCCAGUUGGUGGAGGCCAUGAUGGCUCGUCGCGAUGACCUCGCAUUCCGGCAAGAAAUGAAGUUCCGCAAUAAGAUGGUGGAGUACCUCACCGACUGGGUGAUGGGCAACAGCCACCAGAUGGCACCACCGGGAUCCGGGGACGUCACAGCCAUAACGCGCGACCUCGACCAAGCCUGCAUGCAGGCAGUGGCUGCGCUGCUGCUUGGUCUGCCACUGCAGCCUGAGGAGAGCGACAGGGGAGACUUGAUGGAAGCCAAAUCCCAGCUCUUCCUCAAGUACUUCUCACUGUUCAUGAACCUGCUAAAUGAGUGCAGCGAGACUCCAGAAGACAAGGAUGUUGGCAGACAUCGACUGCAGUCUUCCAAGCUUGGUGAACUCCGCACCUGCACCAUCCAGGCCAUGUCUAACCUACUCAGCGCCAAUAUUGAUUCUGGGCUCAUGCAUUCCAUCGGUUUGGGAUAUCACAAAGACCUGCAGACGCGGGCAGCCUUCAUGGAAGUGCUCACCAAGAUCCUGCAGCAAGGUACCGAGUUCGACAUGCUGGCCGAGACCGUCCUGGCCGACAGGUACGAGCAGCUCGUCCAGUUGGUCACCAUGAUCGGAGACAAGGGGGAGCUCCCGAUCGCCAUGGCGUUGGCCAGCGUCGUCGUCACUCCGCAGAUGGAUGAGUUGGCGAGGGUGUUUGUGACCUUGUUUGACGCCAAGCAUCUGCUCUCCCCUCUCCUGUGGAACAUGUUCUACAAAGAGGUGGAGCUGUCCGAUUGCAUGCAGACCCUGUUUCGGGGCAACAGCCUGGGCAGCAAAAUCAUGGCCUUCUGCUUCAAGAUUUAUGGGGCCAGCUACCUACACAGCCUGCUUGAGCCCCUCGUGCACCCCUUGCUGGCUGAGGGGGCGCCCCAGGUGGGAUACGAAGUGGAUCCUGCCAGGCUGGAUGAAGGGGAAGACGUGGAAGAGAAUCGGCGGAACCUGCUGCAGCUCACUCAACGCGUCUUCAAUGCCGUCAUCUCCUCUGCGGAAAGGUUCCCACCCCAGCUGCGCAGCAUGUGCCACUGCCUAUACCAAGUGCUGAACAAGCGUUUCCCCAACUUCCCUCACAACAUCAGUGCUGUCGGCACUGUCAUCUUCCUACGUUUCAUCAAUCCAGCCAUUGUGUCACCGUACGAAAUGGGCAUCGUGGACAGACAACCAUCGUCGCGCACAAAGAGGGGCCUCAUGCUUAUGUCUAAGAUCCUGCAAAACAUUGCCAACCACGUGGAAUUCAGCAAGGAGCAGCACAUGUUGCCCUUCAACGAUUUCCUCAGGGCAAACUUUGAAGCCGGACGGAGGUUAGUGACGCAGAUCACCUCGGACUGUGAGUCCAUGGACCAGGCGAGCCACAGCAUGUCGUUCAUCAGCGAUGCAAACGUCCAUGCUUUACACCGGCUGCUGUGGAACCAUCAGGAAAAGAUUGGGGACUACCUCUCCAGCUCGCGUGACCACAAGGCAGUGGGGAGACGACCGUUUGACAAGAUGGCCACCCUUCUUGCCUACUUGGGGCCCCCAGAACAUAAGCCCAUGGACUCUCAGUGGAGCAGCAUGGACAUGACGAGCACCAAAUUUGAAGAGAUCAUGUCGAAGCACAACAUGCACGAGAAGGACGAGUUUAAGUCUAUCAAGUCUCUCAACAUUUUUUAUCAAGCCGGAACGUCGAAAGCCGGAAACCCCGUGUUCUAUUACAUUGCUCGCCGAUACAAAAUUGGUGAAACGAACGGUGACCUCCUUAUUUACCACGUCAUCCUGACACUGAAGCCUUUUUGCCACAAGCCCUUUGAGCUCAUCGUGGACUUCACUCACACAUGUGCCGACAACAGAUUCAGGACGGAGUUCCUGCAGAAGUGGUUUGUGGUGCUACCGGAGGUCGCGUACGAGAAAAUUCAGGCAGCUUACAUUUACAAUUGUAACUCCUGGGUAAGGGAGUACACAAAGUACCAUGACCGCAUCCUGGCUCCUCUUAAGGGCAACAGGAAGCUUGUAUUUAUCGACACUCCUCAGCGGCUCAACGACUACAUCGACGUGGAUCAGCAGCGGCUACCCGGAGCUACGCUAGCUCUGGAUGAAGACCUGAAGGUUUUCAACAAUGCCCUCAAGCUGUCCCACAAGGACACCAAGGUCGCCAUAAAGGUGGGGCCGACAGCAAUCCAGGUGACGUCUGCAGAAAAGACCAAAGUGCUCAGUCACUCAGUCUUGCUGAAUGACGUCUAUUAUGCGUCGGAGAUCGAAGAGGUGUGCCUAGUGGACGACAACCAGUUCACGCUGACCAUAGCGAAUGAGAGCGGGCCGCUCUCCUUCAUUCACAAUGACUGCGAUUCCAUUGUGCAGGCCAUUAUACACAUCCGUACCCGCUGGGAGCUCUCUCAACCUGACUCAGUGACGGUGCACACGAAAAUACGUCCCAAGGACGUCCCUGGGACAUUGCUGAACAUGGCGCUUUUGAACUUGGGCAGCUCUGACCCCAACUUGCGCACUGCAGCGUACAACCUGCUCUGCGCUCUCACUGCCACGUUUGACCUCAAGAUUGAGGGACAGCUGCUUGAAACUGCUGGGCUCUGCAUUCCGUCCAACAAUACCAUCUUUAUCAAGCAGAUCAGUGAUAAGCUGGCUACUAAUGCAUCCCACUUGACAUUGGAAUUCCUGGAAGAGUGCAUACAGGGUUUUCGAGCGUCUUCCAUUGAGCUCAAGCAUCUCUGCCUGGAAUACAUGACACCCUGGCUGCCGAACCUUACCAGGUUCUGCAAGCACUCUGAUGAUAGCAAGCGCCAGAGGGUAGCCACCAUUUUAGAUAAGCUCAUCACCCUCACCAUAGAGGAAGUCGAGAUGUACCCUUCCAUUCAAGCUAAAAUCUGGGGGAAAAUUGGCCAAGUGUCUGACCUCUUAGAUAUGGUUCUGGACAGCUUUAUCAAGAGAAGUGUAACAGGUGGAUUGGGCUCAGCCCAGGCAGAAAUCAUGGCUGACACAGCCGUGGCACUGGCGUCAUCUAACGUGCAGCUUGUUGCUAUGAAGGUCAUAAGCCGGUUGUGCAGGGUGAUAGAGAAGACUUGUACCUCACCUACCCCAACGUUGGAACAGCAUCUCAUGUGGGACGACAUUGCCAUCCUUGCUCGUUACCUGCUCAUGCUCUCCUUCAACAACUCUCUAGAUGUGGCGAGCCACUUACCUUACCUGUUUCACAUCGUGACCCUGCUGGUGCACACGGGUCCCAUGUCGCUUCGAGCGUCCAUUCACGGGCUAGUCAUCAACAUCAUCCAUUCUCUCUGCACCUGCACCAAGCCAUCAUUCAAUGACACUCAGAGGGUGCUGAGACUGAGUUUGGAUGAGUUCUCCCUCGCUAAAUUUUACCUGUUGUUUGGAAUCAGCAAAGUGAAGUCAACAGCCGUGACAGCAUUUCGUUCCAAUUGCCGUCACGGCCUCCUGGAUCGAUCGUUCGCAUGCGCUACCUCGGACCAGGAUCGGAUGCCUCUCUCUUCACUGGAGAUUAUUACAGAUGCUCUUCUUGAGAUCAUGGAGGCCUGCAUGAAGAACAUUCCGAAUUGCGACUGGCUCUCGCAGUGGACAGCAUUGGCCAAGAGCUUUGCAUUCCGUUACAACCCAGCUUUGCAGCCUCGUGCUCUUAUAGUGUUUGGAUGCAUCAGUAAGACAGUAACAGAUCAGGAAGUGAAGCAGCUUCUGCGGAUCCUCGUCAAGGCUCUGGAAUCUUUCCAAGACCUUCAGCUCAUAGAUGCCAUCAUCAUGUGCCUCACCCGACUGCAGCCGCUCCUCAGGCCCGAAUCUCCCAUACACCGGGCACUGUUCUGGGUUGCAAUUUCCGUGCUCCAGCUCGACGAAAUGUCACUCUACGCAUCUGGCCUUGCACUGCUGGAGCAAAAUUUACAUACGCUCGACUCUCAAGGGAUGUUUGAAACUCCGAGUUUGAAGCACAUCAUGAUGAGCACGCGUGAACCCUUGGAGUGGCAUUUCAAGCAACUCGACCAUUCCGUUGGGCUUAGCUUCAACUCCAGCUUUCAUUUUGCUCUUGUAGGGCACUUAAUUAAAGGUUUCCGGCAUCCCACGGCAACCACAGUGUCCCGAACGGCUCGUGUCCUCAGCAUGCUCCUGGGGAUCGUGGCCAGACCUCACAAAAGGGACAAAUUCGAAGUGACGCCGGACAGUGUUGCCUACCUCGCAGCACUUGUGUCCGUCUCCGAAGAAGUGCGGAGCCGCUGUCACCUGAAGCACAGGGUGGCAACGCGAGUGUCGUGCGAGUCUCCCUCGUCCUGCGAGGCCCUCGUUCCCCGCACAUCCCCCUGCGGCUCUGGGGGAAGUGUGGGGAGCACGCAGCCCCAACAGCCCAGCCCUGUGCCCUCUCCUUCAGCCCCUCACGGGGGAAGUAACCAACUUCACGCGCCCCCUGGGGGACGAAGGCAGAAGUCCUGGGACGUGUUGGACCAGUACGCACUGGCACAGGCUAGGCUCAGCAAGCAGGGACAAGCACAGCAGGGAAAGGACCCAAAAUUCUGGCGGAGUCUUGACACUGGUGAAGUGAGCUCUUCUAUGGGAGGCAGCCAGGGGGCAGCAGUGGGUCGUCCCUUGUUUCGCACACAGCGAAGCAGCUCAAUGCCAACCCCACGCUCUCAGAAGCCUCCAGGAGUAGGUUCCAGCCCAGGUACUGGGACAGGGUCCGAGGACGAAGAGCUGACCCUCACUCACCGAUCGUCACGGGUCUCGGUUUCAAACGAAGAUAACGUACUGCUCGAUCCUGAAGUUUUAACAGACUUCCCAACGCAGGCACUUGUGCUCACUGUUCUAGCAACCUUGGUCCGUUUUGCAACAGACGAAAAUGAAACCCGCAUCUUGUACGAAUAUCUUGCUGAGGCAUCCGUAGUCUUUCCCAAAGUUUUUCCCGUUAUUCACAGUCUACUGGACGCCAAAAUAACGACAGUGCUGCAGCAGAAUCACGACCACAUCAUUCUGAGUGCCGUGCAGUGCAUAAUCCAGAACAUGAUUGCUUGUGAAGACAGCAGUCAACAACAGCUACACUAUCUGCAAACUUGUGGAUUUGGUGGCCUCUGGAGGUUUGCAGGGCCUUUCUCAAAAUGCCAGACUAACCUCGACAACGCCGAAUUGUUCGUCAACUGCUUGGAAGCCAUGGUCGAGACUUGCCUCCCAGCAGAUGAAGGCGAGCUCAGCCAGUACCCCAGCUCGCUCUCCGUUGCCUCAGCCAUGAACCUCUCCUCCUCCAUGUCCAGCCUAACCCUCGGCUCCCCGACAGACAAAGAGAGCGGAGUGGGCGGGGGCACCUGCUCUGACGGAGGGGGCGGAACCCCCGCAGGGGGCGACCGGCAGCGGUCCUCGUCGCAGCUCUCCAAGCAGCGCAGCUUCAAGUGCAAGGGAGCCACCGCCGCCGUUGGGACACCAAAGAAUGGCCGUACUUCGCACUGACCUCGCACGCGGUGGAUCGAGUUGACAAUUUUAGGAGACUGGAAUCAAAAGGAAUACGAUAGGAUGAGUGGGGCAGAACAAGGGGGAAGGUAAGGGGUACUGAAGUGAAAUAGGGAGGAAGAAUGCUUGAACGUUUUUUUUUGUUUUUUUUCACAUCAAGUUGCUUCAUUGACGUGUCAUUUGUAGCGCCAAAAUUUGUUUCUUGGUAUCCGUACUUCACUCCUGCCUGAAAAAGUGAGGGAUACUGGUGUGAAAGCACGUUGGAGACGUUUUACACAUAGUAGAAGUCCCGUAUUUUAUUAUACCAAUUAUACCAAAUCACAGAAUGGCAUGAUAACGAUACUUUUGAAAGGACUGCUCUGGUACUCUUCAGAAAUGUGCACUUGUUAAACAUUGUUGCGAAGGUAUCAGAUCGAUAAUGAACAAAAAAACGAAGGAGUUGCCUCGCGCAUCAUUAUAGAACCAUGAAAUGGAGAGAUGUUGGAAAGCAAAUGGUUAAGCUGCUGCUGAAAGUCUUUGCUGGUACUGCCUUUGAAAGUGGAUCUAUUUAAAGUAAUGAAUAAGGAAUGUACUUCUAAGCCGUUCAACACACAUGCUGCUUUGCAAUGAGAAUAACUGUGAUAUGCAAUUGAAGCAGUGCGAACCAAAAGCUGCAGGCUGCCACAGUAAAAAAAGCUUUGGCACGUAGUGUACAAAUCCCCAAUCUCUGGAAUGUCAUGUGACAGGGCAUUUUUCUCUAACCUCUCCACAGGGAGAAACAUGGCGACUUAAACCAUCUAAAAGCAACACAUGACUGAUUGUUACAACUGAUUAUUUACUGUUCAACCAGGUAGGACGUGUCUGUCGUCUGCCACACCUGGCAAUUGAGGUUCAUAUGGCUGUUGGAGCAUUUCCUGCUUUCAAAUUACCAAUACAGCUUUGUUUAUUUAUUUCCACAUGACACAUGCACGUCAAUGCACACGUGCCAAUACGACUGCCAUCUUACAGUCGCAAAAUAUCCCUUGAACGGCAACUAGAAGUGGGCAAAAACAGUAAAGCAGUAACAAUAGCAGGAAUUACGAAAAGAUGUAAUCUGGUUUCAAAGAUAACCUUCUAAAGUUGUAAGUUGACUGUUAUUACGGUUGUGGUCCAUUCUGAUGUGCUUGCCAAACACACAUUUACCACCUAUCUCCAGGAAUUUUAAGUAUUUCAGACAAGGGUGCCUGCACGGCAAGUCUCAUAAUCCUUGUAUGUGGCAAGCUUGAGUUAUUUUUUUAUGAGGCAAAACAUGGUUUCUGAGGAGUUGAACCAGGUACGAAAUAUUGAACUAUUGUGCAGUUUUUUUUUUAUAGCGAGAAUGACUAUAGCUUUUUGUAUCACCACGGGGAAGUGUUGUCUCGAUGCUGUGUGAAAAAGCUAAUACAUAAUGCACUUGGAAGAAGGGAAGUGAAGUGUUGUGGAGUCCCCUAAAUUGCUGUGAUCUCCAGCCGUUAAGACUAGGUUUCCGGUUCUAGAACUGACGCUGUCCAGCAGGUACUACUGUUCUACAAUGCCAUCUACGAGCAUGCUAGAUAUUCGCAUCAUUCGUGUCAAACUUAAAUUCCACAGCACGUGGGACAGUUGCAAAAACUGUUUUAUCUUGUUUUCGACACCUAGUGUACACCUGCUGCGACGUUACCGAUACCUGCGGACGUUACGCUUCGCUUCCUUCUUCCUGGCUUGCUUGGUAUUUCAAAGCGUCGAGCCAUGGGUCAUACGCAGGGUCAGGGGUGGGCUCCUUGCAACUCGAAGCACGUGAAAUGCGCUGUUUGAAAUAGUAGCAAUGGGUGAUCUUUUGAUGUACUGUACAUACACCACUGGGAGCAAGCUGGGAGUGAAGGGUUUUGUACAGAAGGACAAAGGCAUUACAAAAACCGAGCAAAGAGAGAGAGAGAGAGCUCUGUGCUGAGCUACUGCGUUGUGAAUUUAUGUACAUAGAGUCAGCAUCACGAGAAAUCUCGGUCCACCUCACAGGGCCAAAUGUAUAUUUUGUUACGUGGUUUCUAAGGGAGACGCAAGCUGCCAAAAACAAUUUGUUACGUGCGUAGAACCGUAGGGGGGGGGGGGGGAGGAAAACGUUCCUUGUUGCCCGACUUCGUUCGAGCUCGUCCAACAGGGUUCAGGACGACGCGCCGUUCCGCUGUUCACCGCCGUCUCUAUGUGCUUGCUAUAAACUGUGUUCACUAUAUUGUGUAUAGUAUUGUGAGAGUUGUUAUUGAAAGUGAAAGAGCUGAUUAGAUAUAUUGUAUAACUUAUUUUUACAGGCUCUGGUUUGCCGUACGCAUGUGUAUAGGAGACAACGCUCUUAUUUAAACGACUCAUUUUUGCUCCGUUUGCCGACAUCAACCUUGCUUGCUUUCGUAAAGGUAGCCAGGCUGUUGUAACAUGUACAAAAUGUGACACAUAAAACCCUUUUAGUUUUUGAAAAAACAAA